AUGGAAGAUCCCGAAUUGAAAAUGUCAGAGAGAAUGGUGGAUAGAAUAGCGGCACUUAACGACGGAAAAAGGACGAAAAUUCUAAUAUCCAACUGUUUUGAAGAUCGAACAGCACUUGAUUGUAUUGAUGUAUGCCUACGGGAAUCGGAAAACAUGCAGGAAGAUGCUGUAGCUUUGGCAAUUGCGACGACUGUUUACAGCCUUCGAGUGGACCGCACACACAACGAUGCUCAGGAAACUCGCUACACAUUCAUCCGUGGUAAAAGUGAUGCUGAGAAAGGUAGUGGACCCGCAACACGCGUUUCAGCUAUACCAUCUACCGUAUGA